AAAACCCCUUUCACUAAAUUAAAAUCCACCAAUCAAAACCCAAAAUAAAAUUAAAAAUAAAAUUCACAAUUCUAAAAAUGAACAUUUACUUGUUCAUUGAUUCUUCCUAUUAAAUCGCUCAUUAUUAUUUCAUCAAAACUUAGGGUUCGAAUUUCCAGCUGUUAUUUUUUAAAAAAAAAUUCCGAAAAAAUCUCUAAUUAAUUUAUAGUUUUAUUUACAUAUAGAAAUGGAAAACAAUACAGAAGGUGGUGGUGGUGAUAAUGAAUCAGAAUACUUAUUAUUGUCAUCAAUCCGUCCAGGAUUAAAACGAGAAUUCGCAUUCGCAAUGAAAUCUCAUUCAGAAAACUACACAUGUGGCCGGACACGUGGCCGGAGCGCUCAGAUGUCGCCGGAGCGAUUUCCGAUCAUUAAAAAGUCGAAAACCGCCGAUCUAGGGUUUGAAAAAACAGUUUUCAAUAAUACAGAUGAAGAAGAAUCUAAAAGUGAUGUGGUUAAUGAUGAUCUUAAUCUGAAAACGGCUGAAGUUAAAUCAGAGCCAAAACCAGAGCCAGAAUCAGAGGCUGUAAUUUAUGAGAAUGAUGAUAAUAAAAAUAAAUUGGAAAUGAAAAUGUCUAAAAAAGUUGUGGUGAAGAAGUUUCCAAGUAAAUUGAAGGAGCUUCUAGAAACUGGUUUGCUUGAAGGAUUAAAUGUAACAUACAUUCGAGGCCUCAAGGGGAAAGGAAAGGUAGAAAAAGGUUUGCCAGGUGUGAUUAAAGGAGUUGGAAUUUUGUGUUAUUGUGAAAAAUGCAGUGGAAAUGAAGUUGUGACAGCUAAUCAGUUUGAGUUGCAUGCUGGAAGUUCGAAUAAGCGGCCACCAGAGUAUAUAUACAUGGAUAAUGGCAAGACUUUAAGGGAGGUGCUUAACAGCUGUAAAACGGCGCCAGUGGAGGGAUUGGAAGCAACUAUUUUAAAAGCAAUAGGUUGUUCGUCCAAUGAGAGACCUACGUUUUGUUUAAAUUGUAAAGGGUCUAUACCUGAAGAUGGCAAUGGAAAGUCAAUGCUGUUGUGUGAUUCAUGCGUGGAAUUGAAAGACUCUCAGCCUCAACCUCAGCCGUGUCCCCAGCUCCAGUCCCAGCCGAGUGUUAUGUUAUUUAAUGAUAAAAGGGAAAGGUCUGCAUCUCCAGUGUCUGCUCCAAAUUCUAGCACCCGACUAGUCACCAGUAGUUCUAGCCGAAGCAAGGGCCAAGGAAGGAUAACAAGAAAAGAUCUGCGGUUGCACAAGCUGGUGUUUGAGGAAGAUGUGCUAGCUGACGGAACUGCACUAGCUUAUUUUGCCCGUGGGGAGAAAAUGUUGGAGGGUUAUAAAAAGGGUGCUGGAAUAUUUUGUUUUUGCUGCAAAAAUGAGGUCAGCCCCUCAACAUUUGAGGCACAUGCUGGUUGGGCUACACGUCGCAAACCUUAUCUACAUAUCUACACAUCCAAUGGCGUGUCUCUCCAUGAGCUGUCAUUAAAACUCUCCAAACACAGGAAGUUCUCUGCAGAUGAUAAUGACGAUCUCUGCUCCAUCUGUGCAGAUGGAGGAAACCUGUUGUGUUGUGAUAACUGCCCAAGAGCUUUCCACCCUGAAUGCAUCUCUGAGGCUGUGCCGCAGGGUACAUGGUAUUGCCAAUACUGCCAAAAUCUGUUCCAAAAGGAGAAGUUCGUGGAAAGAAAUGAAAAUGCACUUGCUGCUGGAAGGGUCGAAGGUAUCGAUCCCAUUGAAGAAAUAACUAAGCGGUGCAUUCGCAUUGUUGAGAAUAUAGAGGUUGGAAAGUCGGGAGUUCCAUCCAAAACCACUGCUCCAGCAUGUGUUUUAUGCAGGGCACAUGAUUUUAGCAAGUCUGGAUUUGGUCCUAGAACUGUCAUCAUAUGUGAUCAGUGCGAGAAAGAGUACCAUGUAGGCUGUCUGAAGGAGUAUGAAAUGGAUGACCUUAUGGCAUUGCCUACAGGGGAAUGGUUUUGUUGUUCGGAUUGCAAUAAUAUCCGUAAAACCUUGGAAAACCUGGUGGCUGGUGGAGAAAAAUUGCUCCCAGACACCUUCAUGGGUGCCAUAAAGAAGAAGCAGGUGGAGCAAGGAUUUGAACCCACUGCUGAUCUUGACAUUAAAUGGAGACUUCUGUGUGGUAAAAUGGCUUCUGAGGAUACAAGAGUGUUGCUAUCAAAAGCUGUUUCUAUUUUUCAUGAUCGGUUUGACCCAAUUGCUGAUUCAACCACAAGCCGUCUUGAUUUGAUUCCUCACAUGGUUUACGGGAGAAGUCUAAAACAACAGGAUUAUGGAGGGAUGUACUGUGCUGUAUUGACAGUCAACUCAACGGUUGUAUCUGCUGGCAUCUUUCGUAUCUUUGGCCAAGAAGUAGCUGAAUUGCCUUUAGUAGCAACAAGUACUGAAUGUCAAGGAUUGGGUUAUUUCCAAGCUCUGUUUUACUGCAUUGAAGAACUGCUAGCUUCUUUGAAUGUGAAAACGUUGGCUCUUCCAGCUGCUGAUGAAGCUGGUUCUAUAUGGAAUAAGAAGUUUGGGUUUGAGAAGAUGCCUGAUGUAGAGUUGACACAGUACAGAAGGGAUUAUCAGCUGAUGGUUUUUCAAGGAACCUCAAUGUUGUACAAGACUGUCCCAAAGCCUUCAAGUAUUUAGGUUGGUAAUAGAUGGUCAAAGUUUUGUGGGGAUUGGUGUUGGUAUGAUUGGCCAUAGAAUUUGAAUUAUAUAGUUAUAGAUUUUCAUAUGGAGCAAGAAGUAUAGUGCUACCUAAUCUCUUUUUGUGGUGCCCAAGCUGGUAUCAUUGAUAGGUGAUUUCUUUUGUUGGUUGGCUCAUUAUGAACCAAAUUAUGUUGGGGAUGCCCCUUGGGCGAUUUUGAUUGGGAGAUCUACCUUCGGUUUUGAAGUUAUUGGUUAUGACAAUGUGCAUAUAAUCUCAAAGAUCAAUGUUAACUUAAAGUUUUUGAA